AGCGUUUACAAAAUAAAGAGAAACAUGAUUAAGGGUAAAAUUGAACACUGAAAUGGUUAUUAAGUGCAGUCAUAGAACUUACAAAGUACUUAUGGGUCUUAUCCACUAAGUUUAUACAGCUUUCGUACUUUGACCUUAAUACGUUACUUAUAUAUAAAGCAAAGGCGAAAUAUAAUCCAAGAUGGCGGCAGUAAGGUCGAAACGACCGUGGAGAUGGAAAGACAUUCUUUCUAAUACAACAUGGUUCAGCGUUGUCCUUUGUUUUAUCACGUCGACGCUGAUUAACUCUGACGCUCUCAACUAUAUCGUCUUUAAGGAGAAACUGGGUGAAGGCACUGGAUGCACCGAUGGUACCGGAGCAGAAAGAACUCAUCUGGACGAAUGGUCCACUGCAUCAGGAUCUUGUGACAGAUACAUUUGUUUUCAUGGAGUUGCAGCCAACUUUGUCAUCUCACACACGUGCCAGGAGCUGGGGGUGAAUGAGAACCCAGACACCACUAACUGCGAAGAGACAGCCGACACUGCCCAAGCAUUUCCGGGAUGCUGCCCCGUCUUGGAGUGUUCUGAUAGAGAGCCUGUCGUUGCGCCAACAUUUCCAGCAUGUUACGACAUCUCGUCCAACUAUUCAUGCACCAUAUGGAACGUCCUGGGUGGCUGUUCUUCUACCUCAAACCUCUAUAACUUCACUAGCGAGUUCUGUCAGCUGACCUGUGGGUUCUGCUAACAGGCUGGUCAAUUCAAUGAUGACAGACUACUACUACAGUAUGUGUGCAGGACAAUCAACCGUGCUAUAGACACUUAAAAGAAUAUCAGGAUCUUAUUUCCGUCCAUAUACAAUUAUAUAUGUAUAUAUAUUUUAUAAAUGA